AUGCAAGCAAAACGGCAGCUAACGUGUGUGACUCGAGCCGGCGAGAUGACGGGCGCGUUACACGGCAGCCGGUUUCCUGGGGAUCGGGUCUGCUGCGAGAUGGGCCUUGGCGUGAGAUUGGCGCCUUCUCGGCAAGCCGAAUCUACCAAGCCGGGCGGAUCUUCAGCCCGGCUCCAUCUCGCUCGCCGUGCCGUCGGGAUUGCCUCCCGAAGCAGUAAGGAGGAAGUGCAGGAUGCUGUCAAGCACACGACGUUGGACCUCGAAAUGUGCGGCCGCGGUGCUCUCGCCGUGUAUCCGACAACGGCUGCCUGCGAUUGGGACAGCACCCUUCGUGACGGCAGCACAGCGUCUACCAUGAUCGCCCACGCAAGUCAUCAGCCACGUAACCGUAGCACUGCCAGCCAUUUCGCCAGUAGUUACACCAUUCGAGGAGUCGCCCCAUCUCCGCAUAAGCCUGAUGCCUCGCCAAGGCGUACACGCUGCCCCUCAACACCAAAACAUGCGAUCCUAUCGGGCUGA